GCAAGGGGCGAUGAUACUAAAAGUCUCAAAGGCAGCGUGCUCGACUGGAUUACCCCGAAGGGACAGAAUCUUGUCCCACCUCUUGCUCGCAAUGUGAAAGUCGAUCGCGGUUUUCAUCAUGAACGGACAGGCGCAUUACUUUGUCCUGCUGGCCUCGACUGGUCUAACUCUGAAAUGAAAGCUAAGCUACAAAGCGGUGAGAUCAUCAUGACUGGAGACCAGUGGCCGUUAUUCUUGUAUGCCGACUACCAUUACGAUCCUGAGGAUCCAUGGAAUGGUCUAUUUCGGAGUGCCUUGCUUGUUUGUGCAUAUAGACACGUCUUUACGUCCCCCAGUUCUGUGGACAAAGAACCGAAGGCAACUCGUUCAGGUAAUGCUCGCAUUCACGGGAUGACUCGAGUCACGCUGCCCUCCAUCGCCUAUAUUGCAACGCAGAUCCGAUUUGCCCUCACCUCAUCGCCCGUGUUUUCGUGUACAGACACGGUCACCGACUCUGAAAGGUUUUACAACUCAAUUUUGGAAAUCUUCGAAGACCCGGAUGAGAAACAAGAGGUGGACGACCUAACUGUGUGGUGGAACAGGCAAAUUUUCCCGUCAUAUUCGACUGCUCAACAUCCCCUCGUCAAGAACAGUGCGCUGGCAAGAAUUCGGGAGAAGCGAGCGCAGAUGAAAG